AUGCCCGAUACUCUUACUCUCCAAGGCAAAGUCGCCAUCAUCACUGGCUCAGGUCGUGAAAACGGCAUCGGCGCUGGUAUUGCCCUCGCCCUCGCUCAAAACGGUGCUUCAGUCGUUGUAAACUACGUCUCCGACUCUUCCAAGCAUCGCGCCGAGAAGGUCUGUACCACGCUUCGUGAGGCAGGAGGAAAGGCUAUCGCCAUCCAAGCUUCUGUAGAUACUACCGAAGGAGCAAAGUAUCUCGUUAACAAGACUCUUGAGGGAUUUGGGACCGAUCAUAUUGACAUUCUUGUGAACAAUGCUGCGACUGCGUUUCUCUGUCCCAUCACCGACGAGCCGAACGUGGAGCAAUUGACCAAAGUUUUCCAACUCAAUGUUCUUGGAGCUUUUUACAUGGUUCACUACGUUAUUGCUCACAUGCCUCCCGGCGGCCGUAUCAUAAACAUCAGUUCCACCAACGCCAAACGAGGAAACGUGGUCGCCUCGUCGUAUGCAGCUUCCAAAGCCGCUCUUGAUAAUUUAACUUGGACAUGGGCUGGAGAGCUUGGUCGCAGUAAAGGUAUCACUGUCAAUUCAGUUGCUCCGGGUCCUGUUAGAACAGAGUUUUAUCCCAAGGGCCGAGAGGAUGAGUUGAUGAAGUGGGAGGUUGACAUCACCAGAGCUGCUGAUCGACCUGGGACGCCCGAGGAUAUUGGUGAUGCUGUUCUUUUGUUGGUUCAGGAGAAGUCUAGGUGGAUUACGGGGCAGUACAUUGGUGUUAACGGUGGCGUCACCUACUAG